AUGAUACCUCGCAUGGCUGCUUUGAGUUCUCUCUCUCCUAUUCAAUUCAGAGUUUCCGACAUUUUCGGAACUCAGCUGAAAUCCUGUGUCUUCUAUCCAAUUCGAAUAACAAAGACGUCCGUGAAGCCGUUUGUGAUUGACGCAAGAGGGAAUUCUCGAGUCGAAAGCCCGAAAACCAGGAACCGGAGGAGCAGAAAGAAGUUUAACGGAACACAAACAAAACCAAGACUUUCAGUAUUCUGUUCAGAGAAGCAGCUCUAUGCUAUGUUGGUCGAUGACUUUAACAAAAAGUGUUUGUUCUACGCUAGUACAUUGCAGAAGUCCAUUCGUGGUGAUCCUCCAUGCACCGUCAUUGAAGCAGCGAAACGGGUAGGAGAGGAGCUAAUCAAGGCUUCGAUAGACCUCAAGAUCAAUGAGAUAUCAUCAUAUGAUCGAAAUGGAAGUGCUCGAGGUGAAAGAAUGCGAGCCUUUGAAAUCGCAAUUGGGCAACAUGGGUUCUUACCAUACUAG